AUGGUUGAUGUAUUCAAUGGGUCUUUGAAAUUCAAAAGCUUGAGAACUCUCAAAUUGCAACGGUCUAAUAUCACAGAGUUACCAGAUUCAAUUUGGAAGCUGAGACAUUUGAGAUACCUUGAUGUCUCACGUACCAGUAUCAGAGUAUUGCCAGAAUCCAUCACAAAGCUCUACCAUUUGCAAACAUUAAGAUUCACUGAUUGCAAGUCACUAGAAAAGCUUCCCAAGAAAAUGAGAAAUUUAGUCAGCUUGAGACAUCUCCAUUUUGAUGAUCCAAAGCUAGUGCCAGCUGAGGUGAGACUCUUAACACGCCUUCAAACUCUACCUUUAUUUGUUGUGGGUCCAGAUCAUAUGGUUGAAGAGCUGGGAUGUUUGAAUGAACUAAGAGGAGCAUUGGAGAUAUGCAAGCUUGAGCAAGUGAGAGACAAAGAAGAAGCUGAGAAGGCAAAACUGCGUGGAAAAAGAAUUAACAAAUUGGUGUUUGAAUGGAGUUAUGAUGAAGGUAACAACAGUGUCAAUAGCGAGGAUGUGCUGGAAGGCCUGCAGCCUCACCCAGACUUAAGAAGCUUGACAAUUGAGGGUUAUGGAGGUGGAUAUUUCUCAUCAUGGAUAUUGCAACUCAAUAAUCUGACGGUGCUGAGAUUGAAUGGCUGCAGCAAGUUGAGGCAACUCCCAACACUUGGAUGUCUUCCUCGCCUUAAGAUUCUAAAGAUGAGUGGAAUGCCUAAUGUGAAAUGUAUAGGCAAGGAGUUCUAUAGUAGCAGCAUUGGCAGUGCAGCAGAACUGUUUCCAGCACUAGAAGAACUCACUUUGCGGGGUAUGGAUGGUCUUGAAGAAUGGAUGGUACCAGGUGGAGAAGGUGAUCUAGUAUUUCCUUGUCUUGAAGAGUUGUGCAUUGAGGAGUGUCGCCAGUUGAGGCAACUCCCAACACUUGGAUGUCUUCCUCGCCUUAAGAUUCUAAAGAUGAGUGGAAUGCCUAAUGUGAAAUGUAUAGGCAAGGAGUUCUAUAGUAGCAGCAUUGGCAGUGCAGCAGAACUGUUUCCAGCACUAGAAGAACUCACUUUGCGGGGUAUGGAUGGUCUUGAAGAAUGGAUGGUACCAGGUGGAGAAGUUGUUGCAGUAUUUCCUCGUCUUGAAAAGUUGAGCAUUUGGCAGUGUGGAAAGUUGGAAAGCAUUCCGAGAUGUCGUCUUUCAUCUCUUGUAGAAUUUGAAAUUCACGGAUGUGAUGAGCUGAGAUAUUUUUCUGGUGAGUUUGAUGGCUUCAAGUCUCUUCAGAUUUUAAGGAUAUUGAAGUGUCCAAUGCUGGCAUCCAUUCCAAGCGUACAACACUGCACAGCUCUGGUGCAAUUGCGUAUAUACGACUGCCGUGAGUUGAUCUCAAUUCCUGGUGAUUUUCGAGAAUUGAAAUAUUCUUUGAAGACAUUGAGUGUUAAUGGGUGUAAAUUGGGAGCUCUUCCAAGCGGACUACAAUGUUGCGCAUCUCUAGAGGAAUUAACAGUAAUUGAUUGUAGUGAGCUUAUCCAUUUCAGUGGUUUACAAGAAUUGUCUUCGCUACGAAGUUUAGGGAUUAUACGUUGUGAUAAGCUCAUCAGUAUUGAUUGGCAUGGUUUACGACAAUUGUCUUCUCUUGUUUAUUUACAAAUCAUCACGUGUCCCAGUUUGAGAGAUAUCCCAGAGGAUGAUUGCUUAGGCGGCCUCAUGCAACUGCAUUAUUUGAGCAUCGGUGGUUUCUCAAAGGAGAUGGAGGCUUUUCCUGCAGGAGUUUUAAACUCAUUCCAACACCUCAACUUGAGUGGGUCCCUCAAAUACCUAAUGAUUGAUGGAUGGGAUAAACUGAAGAGUGUACCACACCAACUUCAACACCUCACUGCCCUCGAGAGAUUGAAAAUACGUUAUUUCAAUGGAGAGGAGUUUGAGGAAGCAUUGCCAGAAUGGUUGGCCAACCUUUCUUCUCUUCAAUGUCUUUCGAUCGAGGAUUGCAAGAAUCUCAAGUAUAUGCCAAGUUCAACAGCCGCCAUUCAACGCCUCUCCAAAUUAGAGCUAUUGUAUAUCUGGGAUGGCAAAUUCUGUUUCCAGCAGCAUCAGUACAAAAGUUCUUCUCCAUUACCAGUAUCACACGUCCAUAAAAAAACAGUGAGAGAGGAUGGUAUUGCUUGGCCAGUAAAUGUAGCAAGUAAUGAAUUGGAGGGUCCAAUCCCAGAAGCCCUAAGCAGAUUGAGUCCACAUUCAUUUGCGGGCAAUAAAGGACUAUGUGGACCCCCGUUAGGGCCAUGCAUACCCUCUCCACCUUCUACCCCCAAAUCCAAUGGGAAGAAAUUUAGCAUUCUAUACAUUGUAUUGAUUGUGCUGCUAAUGCUAGCAGCCAUUGCUUUUGCUUUCCUUUUGGUUUCCCGAAAAAAAUGUAAAAGUCGAAUACAGAGGACAGCAUCAUCACCAGAGGAGAACUCCAACAAAAUGGUGGCUUCUUAUUAUAGAGAUGUACAUCGUGAAUUGUCAGAGACUAGUUCUCAUGCAAAGAAGGCUGAUCAUGGAAAGUUGACAUUCCUGAAGGAUGACAUUGAGAAGUUUGAUUUGCAAGACUUGCUUACAGCCUCAGCAGAAGUUUUGGGGAGUGGGACAUUUGGAUCUUCAUAUAAGGCAGUUGUCGUUGGACAACCUGUGGUUGUUAAGAGGUAUCGGCAUAUGAGCAAUGUGGGGAGAGAAGAGUUCCAUGAGCACAUGAGAAGGUUAGGGAGGUUGAAACAUCCCAACUUGCUGCCUCUUGCGGCAUAUUACAAUAGGAGGGAUGAGAAGCAUUUGGUUACAGAGUUCGCUGAGAAUGGUAGCCUGGCUAGUCACCUUCAUGGAAAUCAUUCACCGGAAGAAGAUGGACUUCAUUGGCACAUCCGCUUGAAAAUCGUCAAAGGAGUAGCCAGGGGUUUGGCUUUUCUCUACAAUGAGCUUCCUAUAAUUGCUCCUCAUGGACACCUAAAAUCUUCCAACGUGCUCCUAGACGAGUCGUUCGAGCCUCUCUUGACAGAUUAUGCUCUAAGACCCGUGGUCAACCCUGAACAUGCCCACAUGUUCAUGAUGGCUUACAAGUCACCUGAGUAUGCACAACAAAGCCGGACAUCAAACAAGACAGAUAUAUGGAGUUUUGGCAUUUUAAUACUGGAGAUGUUAACUGGCAAGUUCCCUGAGAACUAUCUAACACCAUGUUAUAACAGUGAUGCAGACUUAGCAACUUCGGUUAAUAACAUGGUGAAGGAAAAGCGAACAAGUGAAGUGUUUGAUAAGGAAAUAGUGGGAACAAAAUAUAGCAAGGGAGAAAUGAUAAAGCUUUUGAAGAUUGGAUUAAGUUGCUGUGAAGAGGAUGUAGAGAGAAGGUUGGACAUUAAGGAAGUUGUCGAGAAGAUUGAUGUACUGAAAGAAGGAGACGAAGAUGAAGAACUUUACGGGAGUGAAGGGAAUGCAUAUAGUGUUAGAGGGAAUGACCAGGAAGGAUAUUCCUUCACAGUGGAUCGAUGAUUGUCGGAGGAGCAUGAAGUAAAAGGCAUAUAGAACAAUAUCACAAGGGAUGACAGGUUUCCUGACUCCCACACAGUGAAGAACAACAUGAAGAGUGGAGUGAUCUGUUAUGAGGGUUAGCUUUCUCUGUUAACUGUAGAAAAUGUUGUAAAGCAACAAUGGGGGUUCAUUAGCUGAUAGAAUUUUAAUUUUAUGUUUUUGGGUUUUAGAGGGAAAGAGGAAAAAAGGAAACCUGUAAGAAUAUUUUUUCUUCUUCCAUUCAAAUCAUUUUGGUCAUCAUUUGUGUUAUCUCCCCCGCAUGAAAAGUAAUACUAAUAGGUGGUACGCCUGA